AUGAAUACACCAGUAGAAACCAAUCAGAUUGUGACUCAGUUUAUUAAUACAUUAAAAUACCUAGAAAUUGAUACUGUAUUUGGGAUUGUUGGGAUCCCAAUAGUAACGUUAGCCAAUGAUAUGAUAAAAAAUGGUAUCAAAUUUGUAUCCUUUAGAAACGAACAAGCUGCUUCAUAUGCAGCCUCUGCUUAUGGAUAUUUGACUGGAAAACCAGGGAUAUUACUAACAGUGGGUGGACCAGGAUUAAUACAUGCAAUGUCUGGUAUAUAUAAUUCAAUUAAUAAUAGGUGGCCCAUGAUCGUAAUAUCAGGGAGCAACGGUAAUUCCAAUGAUCAGUACAAGGGUGCAUUUCAAGAAUUGGACCAAAUCUCGUUAUUAAAUAAAUAUGUUAAAUUCUGUGGAAGGUUAAAUCCAGAGAAUAUCCAACAACUUCUAUUCCAGUGUUAUAAUUUGUCUAUCCAAGGUACUUUGGGUGUCACAUACCUUGAUUUUCCUGGUAACUUGAUUGAAGAUCUAUCAAUAGGAUCCAAUGAUCUUAGAAGCAAUCAACGGUUACAGACAAAUUUACCACCUAUUCCCAAGAGAAUUAAAUAUUGUCCUGAUCCGCAUAUUGUUAAGAAUGUAUGUAAAUUAUUAUUAGAACAUAGAGACAAAGAGAUAUUGGUGGUCGUAGGGAAAGGUAGUCAACCUGCGUUUAAGGAAAUGAACCAAUUCAUUAAUAUAUUCCAGUUACCCUUCUUACCUACACCGAUGGGGAAAGGUGUGGUAUCUGAUCUGAACCCGUUAAAUGUAUCUAGUGCAAGGUCGUUAGUGAUGAAAAGAGCAACAUUAGUGCUUGUGUUUGGAGCAAGAUUGAAUUGGAUAUUACACUACGGAGAAUCACCUAGAUGGAAUUCUGAUGCAAUUUUUGUCCAAUGUGAUCAUACACCGGAGACUCUAGGCCAUAACAAUAUAGCAGGAUUGCAGUAUUCAUUGUGCGGUGAUAUUAAUUUAACUUUGAAAGAAUUGAUCUUUGAACUUACAAGAUUAAAUUUCAAGUACCAUGGGAUAAAAAAAGAGAUUAAAGACAAAAUCAAGUCAAAUGAACAAAGAUUGACAGAUUUGGAGGUCAGCGCGUGUAGAGCAUUAUAUAAUGCUGAGGGAAAAAUGGAAAUGAAUUAUCAUUCAGUUUAUAGGACAAUUAGAGAGUUAAUGGACUUGACCAACACUUUUUUGGUCACCGAGGGAGCUAAUACAAUGGAUAAAGCUAGAAUCUCAUUCCCAUGCCUAAAACCCAAAUCGCGACUUGAUGCAGGAACCAACGCCACAAUGGGUGUGGGACUUGGAUAUUCGAUUGCAGCCAAGCUGUAUUCCAAAGAGAAGGAUGUGGUAUUAAUACAAGGUGAUUCAGCAUUUGGGUUUUCCGGAAUGGAAUUAGAGACUAUAACUAGAUCAAAAUUGGGUAUUGUGAUAGUGAUAAUGAAUAAUUCAGGGAUAUACCAUGGUUGUGGUUCUGAAAGUGCUACCAAACUAUCUGAACAUUGUAGAUAUGAUCUUGUAGCAAAGGGAUUAGGUUCAAAGGGUUAUUUGAUAACCACCCUAGAUGAAUUGAAGGUUGGUUUUAGAAAAGCUUUGGUGGACUCACGAACCAAAAGGGUUACUACAUUAUUAAAUGUGAUAAUUUCCCAUGGUAAUAAUAAGACUGUUAGAUUUGCAUGGCAAAACAAACCUAAUGCUAAAUUGUGA